GGGCAGCAGGAGGGGGCAGCUGGUCGUCCCAGCCCGGCAAGUUCGCAGUUGGUGCGGGAGGGUCGCCUCCGGAGAAUGGUCAGGGACGGAGGGUACGAAUCAGGGAUGCCCCGAGUCCCAUCCCUGCCGUGUGAGAUCGCCCAUCAUCACAAUCAUCACUACUUUUGAAAUUUGCGAGUUGCUUUGCCCAGGGCAGCCCAAAACGACUUACAAUCGGACAGACAGGCAAAGCCAAACCAAAGCUAGAGAUAGGUUAUAAUGUGGCUCUUACCUGCCCUCCCACCCAACCUCCAGAGGUGCAAUGGGUCAAUGGGUCUGGCUGUUAACCAAAAGGUUGGUGGUUAGAGCUCACCCAGGGAUGGCUGUGGGCAGCAUUCCUGAAUAACAGGGUUGGACUAGAUGACCAUCAGGAUCCCUUACAUUACAAAACCAAUUCCAUGAUUCUCACAGCCCCCAUAUAUGCAGUGGGGUGGGAAAGUACUUACUGUUGUAAGGAAAGCAAUACCAUGAACAUGGUGUACUUCAAACACAGUUCAAAUCCUGGGUGAGCUCCCGUUGCUCUGCCCCAGCUUCUGCCAACCUAGCAUUUGAAAGCGCACCAGUGCAAGUAGAUAAAUAGGUACUGUGGCGGCAGGAAGGUAAACGGCAUUUCUAUGCACUCUGGCUUCCAUCACAGUGUCCCGUUGCGCCACAAGCGGUACAGUCCUGCUGGCCACAUGACCCAGAAAGCUGUAGACAAACUAGCUCCCUUGGCCUGAAGCGAGAUGAACGCUACACCCCAUAGUCACCUUUGACUGGACUUAACCGUCCAGGGGUCCUUUACCUAUUUUACCUUUACCUUGUACUUCAAACACUCACUGCAGUUAUGAAUGCAUGCUAAGUUGAACCAAUCUCUGCAGCUAGUGCUUUUGUCUUGCCAUGUUUCAUGUCUGCACCUAAGGUCUUGCCUGUGACCUCUUCUAACUCUGUUGCUUACAUUCUCUUCUCACAAAGAGUGUAGUGUGUGUUUGAUUACCCCUCAUAACCUACCUUGUUAGAGUACAUUGUUGUGAUGGUGUAUGGCAGGGGUGGCCAACUCCCAAGAGACUGUGAUCUACUCACAGAGUUAAAAACUGGGAGUGAUCUACCCCCUUUUGGGGGGUUCAGGUCAAAGCUGUUGAGUUUUUUUUUAAGGAAGGGAAGCCCUGUUUUGGGGGGUUUAGGUCAAACUUGUUGAGCUUCUUUUAGGAGGGAGGGAGGCCCAUUUUUGUUUAGGGCUUCAGGUCAUAGUUGUUCAGCUUUUUUUAGGGAGGAGGAAAAUUUGGGGUGAGCUUUUUUUAGGGGUGCCAGUGAUCUACCACAGACAUCCAGUGAUCUACUGGUAGAUCACAAUCUACCUGUUGGGCGUGCCUGGUGUAUGGGAAUCAGCAGCUCUACAUAGAGAUAAAAAAGAUGGCAGGUGUAUUGUAAGCAAGGGACAAUGAUAGGGUUAACAUCCUUGUGCCUCAAACUCACAUGCACUAAAAAAAAGUUGCUGGCUUGUUCUGCUGCAGUUUUAAAAAGAAGUGGGUUUUUUAAAUGUCAGAGUGAAUCCUGAUUCAUGGUACUGCAUGUUGCCAGGAGGCAGAAGACAAAUCUUGAUGUAAGUAGAUCAUGAUAAGGAACUGGUUUCUCUGUUCAGUUGUUCCAGCUUUUGUUAGUUAAACCUGAACCAAAAGCAUAUUGUAGAAAUCUAAAACUAGAGUUAUGCCCAACAUAGCCACUUCCUGUGCUCUCAGCUAUACUAGAAAUAUGAGCAGUGUCUUCUCCUUGGGGACAAUAAUAUUCUUGCACUCACCCCAUGUGCAUUCACUGUGAAUUUCACAGUUUGUUUUGAUCUUGCAAUGGUCCCUGUCAGUUGUGUGGAUUGUCCAUUGCCAGCAUGGGCUGAACCAUCUUGCAGAUCCUUGAAGCAGUUCCACUGGCUCUGAAAUCUGAGCUGGCUGGAUUAUGUUACGCAGUGGGGGAGGUAGGAGUUGUUGAGUAAAAUAAACAUCCAUUCUACCUAACUUUAUAACCCUCCUAUGAGUAAACAGAACACUGAUCUUCCAGGAAAUUGCACAAGAUAAUGGCCUAAUACACAGUGUAUCCCUGCUGUGCUGCUUCACACUGCAGGUGGGACUCAGCUGUCUGAAUGCUCCAUUAGAAAAACACCUGCAAAUGGAAAACCAGGGGGAGACUAAGCUUGAUACCUUCUCCAUGGAAUCUAGCUUUAUAGGUGGAUAACUUGUGUGUGUGUUGGGAGGUGUAUCCAAUUGAGUGAGCUCCUACCUGCAGGCUGAAGUAGUACUGCUUAGACCAGACUUCCUCAACCUCGGCCCUCCAGAUGUUUUGAGACUACAGUUCCCAUCAUCCCUGAACACUGGUCCUGCUAGUUAGGGAUCAUGGGAGUUGUAGGCCAAAAACAUCUGGAGGGCCGAGGUUGAGGAAGCCUGGCUUAGACACAUAGGUUGCCCAUGUUAAACAAAGCUAGACCAAUAUUGUGCUGGAAUUACUGAGGCCUAUUUAGAUAGGGUUCUGAACUGUAUAUUGUUGAUAUUUUAAGGAUUAUACCAAUUUACAUGGAAGGUCAGCGGUUCGAAUCUCUGCUACAGGGUGAGCUCCCGUUGCUCGGUCCCAGCUCCUGCCCACCUAGCAGUUCAAAAGCACAUCAAAGUGCAAGUAGAUAAAAUAGGUACCGCUCCGGUGGAAAGGUAAAUGGCUUUUCCAUGUGCUGCUCUGGUUCGCUAGAUGCGGCUUAGUCAUGCUGGCCACAUGGCCUGGAAGCUGUCUGUGGACAAACGGCGGCUCCCUUGGCCUCUGGAGCGAGAGAGCGCCGCAACCCCAGAGUCGUACGUGACUGGACCUAUUUAAAUCAAUGGAACUUGCUUCUGAAUUGUCAUGUAUAGGAUUGUACUGUAUGUUUCCCAACCCGUUUACAUUUAAAAUUCACAAAAGGUACAAUGUAUUAGGGAUACUUAGAGGUGUUCAUGGCAGUCUCUUCUGGAAGCUGAUUACAUUAUCCAGAUUCUAGGCCAGGCAUCCCCAAACUGCGGCCCUCUAGAUGUUUUGGCCUACAACUCCCAUGAUCCCUAGCUAACAGGACCAGUGGUCGGGGAAGAUGGGAAUUGUAGUCCAAAACAUCUGGAGGGCUGAAGUUUGGGGGUGCCUGGUGUAAAGAAACCAUAUAUCAUAAAAUAAAAUAAAAAUCUUCCAGCAGCACCUUAGAGACCAACUAGGUUUGUCAUUGGUAUGAGCUUCCGUGUGCAUGCACGAAAGAUGCUGCUGGAAGGAUUUUUUAAAUUUUGUUUCGACUACGUCAGACCAACACAGCUACCUACCUGUAACAUAUAUCAUAAAGACACCACAGUCUCCACUAUCCCUCAUUCCCAAAGGAAACAUGAAUCCUAGGUAAGUGCCUGGAACCCCUGGAAUCUCUUUUGUUCAGAGAGAGGGGGUGGAAGGAGAUGUAAAUGGAUGCAGGGGUUGACUUAGGGAAAUAUACCAGUCCAUAGAAGCAGCUCUCCAUUGAUUUUACUCUCUAUAUUCAGUGCAAGCCUAUGCAGAUUUAAUUGGAAGUAAGUCCCCUUGUGUUUGGUGAGACUUACUCUCUAGUAAGUGUGUUUAGGAUUGCAGCCAAACCUAGCUUUUCUUAGCUACAGAAUAUGUAGUGGUAUGUAGCAUUCUGUGAAAACCAGUGAUCUGUCUGUGUCAUGUUCACUAUCACAGAGAGCCAGCAUGGGUUUCUUAAGUCAGCCAUGCCAGAAUAACCUUACCUCUUUUUUUGAUAAGAGUUACUAGUCUUGUAGGCUAAGGAAGUGCUGUAGACAUUGUAUAAAAGCUUCGACAAAGGCUCCCCAAUAUCUUUGUUGGCAAGCUGGUAAAAUAUGGCUAGAUGAUGGUACCAUUAGGUGGAUUUGUAGCUGAUUGAUAGACCAUAUCCAAAUAGUGCAUUUCAGUAGCUCCACAUCAACCUAGAAAUAAGUGACAAGUGGGGGGUUCUGUAGGAUGCUGUCCAGGGCCUAGUGUUGGGUAAAGGUAAAGGAACCCCUGACCAUUAGGUCCAGUUGCGGACGAAUCUGGGGUUGCAGCGCUCAUCUUGCUUUACUGGCUGAGGGAGCUGGUGUACAGCUUCCGGGUCAUAUGGCCAGCAUGACUAAGCCGAUUCUGGUGAACCAGAGCAGCACACGGAAACUCUGUUUACCUUCCCACUGGAGGGGUACCUAUUUAUCUACUUGCACUUUGUGCUUUUGAAUUGCUAGGUUGGCAGGAGCAGGGACCGAGCAACGGGAGCUCAGCCCAUCAAAGGGAUUUGAACCACCAACCCAAUCUUCUGAUUGGCAAGCCCUAGGCACCACCCGCACCCCAGUGUUGGUCAACAUCUUUAUGUUACUUGGAUGAAGUAGUAGAAUGUAUGCUCUUAAAGUAUUCAGGGCAGCUAACAAAUUGUGAACCACCCUGAGAACUGCAGAACACAAAUUCAAUCAACAAACAAACAAACAAACAAACUUAGAAUACAGAAAUAGGAUCCAAGAUUAUUUCUCCAUGAUGGAGAACUGGGACAAAAGUAGCAAAAUGAGUUUCAACAGAGAUAAAUAUAAACUUCUGCAUUUAGGUAGGGAAAGCCAGAUGCACAAGAUGUGAGAAAGAACUGGGUGUUUUAGUAAAGCUCAGGCGUUAGGAUAGGUGCAUUGAAACAUUUUCACACCAAUCCAGAUAAGUAGAUCCGCAGACUUCUGCAUACAUACCACUUGUUGGAUCAGGAAUUUUGGUCACAAAUCUGGUCCAGAUGUUGAUGUUGUUCAUUUGCACGGUAUUACUUCAUGUGGAUGCAUAUCUCCCUCCUGGUACAACUAGUAACAUGAAAGUACUUGCAACCGGAACUAAAUCACGGUGUUUGUAUUCUAAAUUAUUAAUAUCCUUUUUUUAAAUCCUGAUUUUCAAAGACUUUCAGAGUGGUUAAAAAGAUAAAAGCUUGAAUAGCAUAAUUCAUUAUUUAAAAGAACAAACAGGAGUAUCAACAAAACCAAACCCCAGAAUACAGAUAAAAUAUAAAUGAAACAAAUAAAAUUCGAGCAUAAAAACUAAUCUGAAAGUUUCUGUUAAAUAACUUGGGCAAAUUAAAAGGUUGCCCAAUAAACAUUGACCCAAGGGAAUCCUUCCUGGGUAGAACCUUUAAUAAAUGGGACACCACAUCAGCAGUUGGGUAGUCUUUACUGUGUAGGAAAGCAUUCAGAGAGAUGAAAAUGAAGAGGAUGACCCAAAAGCUGUGUGCAAGAAACUGGAGUUUGAGGAGGGGUACAUUUCUUGCCAUAUUCGUUUGUAACCAAUAUUAGGAGAAUUGAAGCCAGUUCAUGGCCCCUGAUCUCCAUUGACUUAAAGCUGCUUCUGCCUUUUACCUGCAUUGUAUGAUGCACUGAUAUAUGUCUCAGAAAAGUUUGAGAGUGCACCUGAAGUCUGUUUGAGAUCUAAUAGUAUCUUCUUGAUGGAGCUAAGUGCAAGUUAAAAUGUGAAUGUUUGUUCUAUUAGCUCAUCUUAGUCAUAUGUUAACCCAGAAAAAGUGCUAUCUGUCUCCUUUUAUAUCGAGUCAUGAAUUAUUCAGUCUGUUCUGUUGGUUCAUGUAAGAAUGUUGAAUCUAUUAGCAGAGCUUCUAACAGUCAGGAUGAACCCCAGUGUUUUGCACAAACUCUUCUUUUUUCAUUAUUGCUCCUGCCUUGAUACUCUUGAUGGCCCUCAAGGUCUCUACAUUCUUUCUCCUUGUCUGCUAUCACCCUACUACAUCCUGCAAAAGAUGAAUUGAAGAAGAAUACAAAAUAGAUAAUAGAUAAAUUAAAACAUGCAAUUUUCUUGCACAAUUUUCUCAUAGUUUGGCAAUGACUUUGAUUCACCUUGCUUGCUCUUCAAAUUGUUUUAUGUUAACAGUUAAAACAAGUACGUAAUGUUAUUCUCAUAAGACUGGCUCCUGCCUGAUACUUGACAUGGGCUUCCUGUAAUUCUCUAACUCCUGAUGACUCAUCCAAAAGCAUGUGCAGCUCAUCUGAGUUCAUUUGAAACUGCAAGUCAGCAGCUGCCCCACUGAACUUCCCAACUGCUUUAUAAACUUCAAGUUAUUGAAAAGGAAAUAGCUUCUAUUAUAUGUGCACUACUUUUUCACUGAGCUUUUCCAUCCACCAGAUCCUCAAGCAGAUUUUUGGAUUCAAGUGAGUGGGAGAGAUUAUUUUUGUAAACCGCUUUGAGAUGCUAUAGAGGGAAGUGAACUUAAACAGUUUUUUGAGAUUAACUAUUCUCAGAUUUAUUUUAUCUUCUAUGAAAAUUUCAUAACACUGGAAACUAGCUUGAAACAAAAAGAAAAUAUUACAACUACUUCCAGAAAGAAUUUUCUACCGGUGGCAUUUCCACAGCAUAGGUUCAGUUUUGAAGAAACUAUUGCACACUGGAAACUGUCUUAAGAUAAGAUGUGAAGGAAUCAGACUGUUUCUUCUCUGGUUACAAGCUCUCCAGACGAAUUGUGCAGAAGAGCAACUGUUAACCUUUGCUUGCCUCGUUCCUGGUUUUCCUGCAGUGAUGUCUUCACGAGGUCCAUGUACACUCGAUACCCUCAUUAGCCCUCCUCCCAGUCACACUGAUGAAAAGAUUUAUGCUGAAGAAAUAACUCCACUUUUACCACAUGUUUCUGGAGAAAAAACUGCCGAGGACCCAACAUGCUAUUUCCUUCAGCUACUGUUAAAAUAUAUGGUAAUCCAGGCUGCAAGCUUGGAAUGGAAGAAUAAAGAGAACUGUGAUACUGGAUUUAAGUUUCUCUUUGCAUUGUUCAGAAAGUAUUACCUUCCUCAUUUAUUUCCCUCUUUUACAAAACUAACCAAUGUAUACAAACCUGUGCUUGACAUUCCUGGCCUGCGACCCAAACCAGCGUAUGUUAGUGUAGCUUGUAAUAAUGAAAACAUUUAUAGCACAAAAAUACCAUACAUGACUGCUCGUGUAGCCUUUAUUAAAUGGCUUGUAAACUUUUUUCUGGAAAAGAAAUACUUCACACCAACACAGAAUUCUAAAAAUGGAGGGGACGUUUUGCCCAGAAUCAUUCAAAGUGUGGGUGGUGCCAUUCAAGAUAAGAAUUCUGAAGUGGAGAACAGUGUUGUAUUGGAUCAGGAGAAAAGUCAUUCAACUAAUGGCACGUUGACUGAGAGGAGGCUCAGUGAUUCCAGCUUUUGCAGUAUUGAAGAACAACACCGGGUCGUCUAUGAGAUGGUGCAACAGAUCCUUUUGUCUACACGAGGUUAUGUCAAUUUUGUCAAUGAAGUAUUUCGUCAGGCUUUUUUAUUGCCUUCAUCGGAGAUAUCGUCAACAGAAAAAGUAGUGAAGGUAUAUAGGAAGUGGAUACUCCAAGAGAAGCCUGUGUUCAUGGAAGAACCUGAUAUGAAGGAAAUAGUUCAUGAUGAUGACGUCUUAGACCAUCCAACAGCAGAAACAGAUGACAAACAUCUUGCAACUGGCCAUUCUGGACAUAAAAGGUCAUCUAGUUGGGGAAGAUCACAUUCCUUCUCUAAUGCGGUUAAUAGAGGGUGUAUAUUAGAAGAUGAAAACAAGAAUGUCAAAGCAGGGCUUCAAGCUACACUACAGGUAUUCUUGACAAACUCUGCAAAUGUAUUUUUAUUGGAACCAUGUACUGAAAUACCUGCACUCCUGAAGGAGCAAGUGGAUGCAUGCAGAGCAGUUUUGAGUAUAUUUAGGCGCAUGAUUAUGGACCUUCCAAUGAAUAAAAAGACAUGGGAGCAAAUGCUACAGAUACUACUUAAGAUAACAGAAGUUGUCAUGAAUAGAUCAAAAGAGAACCAAAUAAAGGAUACAUUUGCUCAAAGUUUAGCAGGCUUAUUGUUUCGGACACUCAUUGUGGCUUGGGUUCGUGCUAAUCUGAGCGUUUAUAUAUCUCGAGAGCUCUGGGAUGAGUUACUGCGUGUGCUGUCAUCCCUUACAGAUUGGGAAGAACUAAUAACUGAGUGGACUAACAUAAUGGAUUCUCUUACAUCUGUUUUGGCAAGGACAGUGUAUGGCGUUGAAAUGACCAAUCUGCCACUGGAUAAGCUAAGUGAGCAAAAAGAGAAAAUACAACGCGGAAAAGGUGGCAAUUUGGAACCUCAGAAGGGAACUACAGUUGGAAGAUCAUUUUCUUUAAGCUGGAGAAAUCACCCUGAAGUUGUGGAACCAAUGAGGUUUAGGAGUGCUACCACCUCAGGAGUACCAGGAGUUGAGAAAGCAAGGAAUACAGUGCGUCAGAGAGCAACAGCUAAGCGAAGUCAGUCUAUCAGCAACUGCGCUCAUCUCUGUGAGGCUUUGCCAGUCACUAAAAGUGUACCUCUACUCCUUCAUACUGUGAGCUCUUUCUUACCUGGUAUCUCUUACACUCCUUACUCUCUCACACUUUCAGAAGCUGAAGAAUAUCAACAGUCAGAAAAUGGAACAGGACUUGAAUAUCGCCAGCCAGAAAAUAUAACAGGAACAGAAUGUAAUGGCAGAUUUUCAGACCAAGAACAAUUAACUCGAAGUAGUAGCACCUCGGAUAUUAGAGACCAAAGUAAUUCUGAUGUUUUCCAAGUUAGAAAAACAGAAAGCUCACAGAACUUAACUUUGGAUACUGAAUGUGUUCAAGGAAUUGAGAGGUCCAUGAACAAAGAAAGUACAGCCCAAGAAGCAAGCAACCCUCCAUCUCAAUUAGAUCUCAAAGCAGACAUGCAACAAUCUCAUGGAAGUCCCAGAGAAGGAGAACAGAGUGAAAGUGUUGGCAGUGAUACCUCCAUUGGAAACAAUAAUGAAGUAGAUAUCACAUUAGCUCCCUGGCAAGCAUGUGACAAAAACCCUGAUGUCAAUAUUCCAGCUGAUAUUUGUGUUGAUCCUGAUGCAUGCCAGUGGUUGCAUCUGAGUCCUUCAGGUGUCACAAAUUUAACAGACAGCAGUGAGUUUCUUGCUGAUGAUUGCAGUAUAAUUGCUGGUGGGAAUCUUAUAGGCUGGCAUCCUGAUUCUGCUGCUGUGUUAUGGCGAAGAAUAUUGGGAAUUCUUGGAGAUGUGAACAGUAUCCAGUGUCCUAAAAUACAUGCAAGAAUUUUUGAGUAUCUCUUUGCACUAUGGUACAAAUUAGCAAAGAUAAGGGACAAUCUUGCUAUCAGUCUGGAUAACCAAUCCACUCCCUCUCCUCCUACUUUAAUUCCUCCACUCAGAAUAUUUGCAUCGUGGUUGUUCAAGGCUACCACCUUAUCAGAUGAAUAUAAGGAAGGGAAGCUUCAAGCCUACAAACUGAUAUGUGCUAUGAUGGCUAGACGCCAAGAUUUUGUGCCAAAUCCUGACUACCUGGUGCACUUUUAUCUUGUCAUGCAUAUUGGAUUAACUAGUAAAGAUCAGGAUGUUUUAAAUACUGUGAUCAGACACUGCCCCCCCUGCUUUUUCUUCUUGGGUUUACCUGGCUUCACUUUGCUAAUAGGAGACUUCAUAACAGCUGCAUCCAGAGUCCUGAGUACAAACAUGUUAGAGACCCCACGCUUAGAAGCACAUACCAUUCUUGGUUCUCUGGUUUGCUUUCCUAACCUCUAUCAAGAAAUUCCAUUAUUGCAACCCAUUGCUGAAGAAGAAGUCAUCACUGGAACCACAGGUGUCAAAUGCUACCUCAUAAAUAUUCUUUUGAAGAAUGCUGCAAAUGAGCCAAGUGAAGCUUCAAGGUGUUUAGCUCUUUGCUGCCUUGGGCUUUGGAUAUGUGAAGAACUAGUGCAAUGUACAAACCAUGCCCAAGUAAAGGAUGCAAUAAAUGUUUUAGGUGUGACACUAAAGUUUUGCAACAAACAGGUAGCACAGGAAGCCUGUGAUGUCUUUCAAUUACUGACCUCCUAUUGGGAAGAACUUGAGGAAUACAAAUCUUCUCUACCCAGAAAAAUUAUUGAAAUCCUUGUGGCCACAAUUGCAUUUCUGUUGCCUAGUGCAGAAUACUCCUCCGUGGAAGGUGAUAAAAAGUUUAUAGUUUCGUUAUUACUUUGUUUGUUGGACUGGUGCAUGACAUUACCAGUGAAAAUGCUGCUGGAGCCUGUGUUUACUUCAAGUCUUGAAGAUCAACAUUCUUCUAAAGCUCCAUUGCUUGAUUACAUAUAUAGGGUCCUGCAUAGUUGUGUUCAUGGCUCAAACACAUACACACAGCAAAGUCAAUACCUUUUAAGCCUUGCAGACCUCUCUAGUGAUAUCUAUGAUCCAUUUUUGCCACUUGGAAAUGUUAGGAAUUCCGAACCCAUGCAGUUUCAGUCUUCAGCGGAUCUGAGCAACUUACUCACUGUUGCUGAAGAAAGGAGGAGAAGGAGUUUGGAAUUAAUACCUUUGACUGCACGAAUGAUAAUGGCACAUCUAGUAAACAAUUUGGGCCAUUAUCCCCUGAAUGGAGGACCUGCUGUUCUUCACAGCCUUAUUAGUGAGAAUCACAACAACUUAUAUGUGGACUCUUCAGAACUGUCUUCUGAAGUUUUCAGAAGCCCAAAUUUACAACUAUUUGUAUUUAAUGACAGUACUCUUAUAUCUUAUCUUCAAAUUCCUUCUGGAAAGGAGAUAGACAAUGAACCAGCUGCAGCAUUCUCAGAAGUAAGAGUAAUUGUUAGAGAUAUCUCAGGGAAGUAUUCAUGGGAUGGAAGGCUGAUGCAUGGACCAUUAGCUGGUAGUCUACCAAAUGAAAAUAAAAGAAUAUCCACUGCAGUUUUGGACAAUCAUAAGCAGAACUUUGAGCCUCCAAUGGACUUCUUUCAAAUAUAUGAAGGAGAAGAUGCUCUUGAUAAAUUGCUAGAGAGGAUUGGCAAUAGUAGUCCUGAGUGCCUUUUACAUCCACAACUAAAAUUGAAUGAGCCAUCGCCAUCGCCAUAUGUCAUGAACCAUGACCAAGAGAAAAAUAUACUAGAAGCAAUAAUGCAGCAGAGUUGCAUAGAAGAUGAGUAUGCACAUGGAUGCAGUUUCAAUCUCAGUAUGAAAGUUGAAAGUCAAGAGGCACCAAGACCUGCACAGCUCCAAGCACCAUUUCAUUUAUGUAGGCUCUUGCUAAAUGACUUGGGAAUGAAUUCUUGGGAUAAAAGAAAAAGCUUUCAUCUACUGAAGAAGAAUUCUAAAUUGUUGAGAGAGCUGAAAAACUUGGACUCGAGGCAAUGCCGUGAAACUCACAAGAUUGCAGUAUUUUACAUUGCUGAAGGACAGGAAGAUAAAUGUUCAAUAUUGUCCAAUUCAAAAGGAAGCCAAGCAUAUGAAGAGUUUGUUGCUGGUCUUGGCUGGGAGGUUGAUCUUUCAACUCACUGUGGCUUUAUGGGGGGCCUUCAGCGUAACGGCAGCACAGGCCAAACUGCACCAUAUUAUGCUACAUCUACCGCAGAAGUUAUUUUCCAUGUGUCUACACGAAUGCCCUCUGAUUCAGAUGACUCGCUGACCAAAAAGCUUCGUCACUUGGGAAAUGAUGAGGUUCAUAUUGUGUGGUCUGAGCACACCAGAAAUUAUCGCAGGGGUAUUAUACCAACAGAUUUUGGAGAUGUUUUAAUUAUUAUUUAUCCAAUGAAGAAUCACAUGUUUUUCAUAGAGAUCACAAAGAAACCAGAGGUACCAUUUUUUGGUCCUUUGUUUGAUGGGGCAAUUGUGACUGCAAAACUGCUGCCAAAUCUUAUCCGGGCCUCGUGCAUCAAUGCCAGCAGAGCUGUGAAGUCCCUUAAAACUCUGUAUCAGAGCUUUUAUGAGGAAAGAGCUCUGUAUCUUGAAGCAAUAAUCCACAACCACAAAGAAGCAAUGACAUUUGAGGAUUUUGCUGCUCAGGUCUUCUCACCCUCUCCCAGUUACUCCCUUAGUGGAUGUGACUGUCUCACUACAAGUCUGAGUGCUGAUCUUGCUGCAUCUGUAGAGGCAGAGCCAGCAGAGCAGAUGCCACCAACACUGUCAAGUGCCACAAAAAACAAGCUCUCUGGGAAGCUGCGCCGGUCUGCGAGCACUCUCAGCAAAUCUUCAAGUUAAAUCACUUUCAAAGCGGAAAACAAUGUAAGGAGACAUAUACUUUAAGUCUCCUUUCAUUAACUAUAUUCCUAGAACUGGUAAUAUUUGGAUACCACCUAAUGAACUACAUUUUGAUAUAAAAUUAUGAUUCCUGAAGUUUCAAACUUAACAUUUUCAUGUGGAUCUUCUGAAUUAUGCAACAUGCCUUUCACUUGAUAAUUUCUGCCACUGGAAGCAAUGAAGUCAAGAGCUUUUUUGGCAAGUUUACCAUUUAACUGUAACCCUAUUUUCUUGUUUUACCUGUAGAGAUUGCAGAACUGAAAACCAAUUAAUUUCUUGGUUGUGACAUUUAAAUUGCAUUAUAAUUUGAAAUUUAGUAGGUGGAAUUUUAUUUUUAGUUUGCUGAUGAAAUGCCAAUUUAGCCAAGUGAUGCACUUUUUAAGUCCCACUGAUGCCAAUGGGGAGAUGGGAGCAUGGUUUACUAAUUUUCUUCUUUUGAAAUCAAUGGAACUUUGCAAAGAGCGUCACUUUGGUUGGAUUGUGCCCAAAAUAUGGAUGGAUGAUUCUGUUUUUCAAUAUAUCUUCAGACACACUAUUUCUUUCCCACUAAUUAUUUCCAGAGAUCAUUCUUCUGUGCAUAACUAAUUACACUUCAACAAUAACUGUUCUGAGUCACUGUUAUAAGAUAAACACUGGUAGUAGAAAUAAAAAACCGAAAAAAUGUUGUUUUAUACACAAGACAUACAUUACUAGGUCAUUGAAAUCUCACUUUGGAUAAGUUAAAGAUGGCACAUGCCAAUUCAGUUUCUGUUUCUUAAUAACAUUCAUGAUAAAAUUGGACCAAAGUUAAAUACUUUCUUAUUCUACAUGAUUAAAGUGGUGUGGUUUAAUCAUGUCUAGAAGCACUUGCUACUUGAUCAGUAUAGAAAGACUGCUUGGUUGACCUUCUGGGAAAAUGUGGAUCAAUAUAACAUUUAUUGUGAAAUCAGUCCAGAACAUCUGCAUACAUUAUGAAGAUAAAGCUGGUUCAUGCAGUCUUGAAAUGUGCAGCAGUUCAGGCUCAUGUACCCUCUCACCUUUUUGCUUAGGACUUCCAGUAUGAUCUAAGGAAAUGCUAGUGCAACUAAGCAAUCAGACCUAGCUGUAUCUAUGAGCUGUGCUAGUGCAAACCAUCAUUAUGUUCAUGUUAUGCAUGUAGCAAAUCACACUGGUCUUUCCUAUCCAAUUCUUGCCCAGACACUUUGUUUAGAAAAUACUCAUGUGACCGUCUCAUCCCCCCCCCCCAAUGUUAAUUGCUGUGAAUUUGGAGGCUCCUCACUCACUGCAGUACCAAAUUAUGGUGCCCUCUGUGAUUAGGCAUUUUUACCAAGUUCUCACUUUGCUACAGAUUAGAUGUGGAUAGCUUGAUUUUUCUUCUUUGUUAUUUUGUCAUGAAUUUUGUUUUGUUGCACAUAUUUUCAUGUUGGGAAAACUGUUCACUAGACAGUUCUUCUAGUUAUUAUAGCUAAUAGCUAACCUCUUUUUCUAUUGGCGUGGAAGAAGAGAAACAAUGUCUUAUAUAACAUAUUUCCAAAUACUACUGCUUAUAGCUAUGCUUUCAGAUUGAAAGUAUUCUUAAUUUCAUAUGUGACCUGGAGACUUUGAGAGCUACAUAUCUUUUAGUGACAAACUGAAAAGUUUUGCACAACCCAAACUACUCAGUGAUAAAGGUUUAAGGAUGAAAAAUACAUUUAAAAAUUGCCCCCAAGAAUUAAUUGGAUUGAAAUAGCUUGAAGCCAUUUUCUCCCACGCCUGCAAUAUACAUUAAACUUUGCAGUAAAAGCAACACCUUUCAGGAACAACAUUGUUAAGAACUGAUGGUGUGGGGAAUUCUUACUCUUUUGAAGUCAGCAAUCUCAAUCCAGCGUGACAUCAGUACUACCGGCAGCAAAUGCAAAGCAUUUCUUGACACUGAAAUGAAUACAGCAGCCCUAUUUCUGACUACUAAGGUGCAUGUAUCUGGAAACUUUCAUAGGUUUACUUUAAGCCCACUGCCAUAGUUAUUUAACUGACUUCAGUCAACUACUGAGAUGAAAAUUACGGUAUGUCCUCUGGUGGUUCUAAGUAUUUGUUAAGAGUUUUGAGAUACAUUAGUAGACUGUGAGAUUGAUUUCCUUGGCCAGUAAAAAAGGGGGGGGUACAUCCAAUCCCUGUGACUUCUUUGAUUUGUUAGGUCUGCGUUAAACAAUCUGUAUGUCUGAUGUAGAAUUUGUUGAUUUUUCUCUGUUUAACACUGAAAUGCAAUCUCAAAAUGUGAUGUCCCUAUGUGUAUUUUAAUCGGAAGGGGCACCCCGCCAGCUACAACUCAAACUGUAUGCCCCAGUCGCAACAGUUUGGUGGUGGUGUUAUUUUACUUAAACCUUGUGAAUAUAUUAAUUUACAGUCUAUGUAUUUUCAUGUCUGCAAUUAUUUAUUUAUUCUUAGUAAAAAUUGUUUGAAAGCUACUGAUGGCAAUAUUUUAUAGUAGUUAAAACAUAAAACUAAUACUGUAAUAAAAUCAAGAAAAUAAUAAACUAGAAUCAAGUUACUGUUUGAUUACCAAGGAAUUUACUGUUUGAGGUAAACACUGAACUUUGUUCUGUUAGCAUGAAAUUCACACGCUUCUGGGAAAUGUAGGCAAGCAGCAUGAUGAUAAUAUGUCCAAUUGCCAUUAACUUCAUUUUUCCAUGUAUAAGACCAUGUUUUUUGCUUUUAAAAAAGUCAAAAAUUGGAUGUCUUAUACAUGGAUGGUGAAUGCACAAGGGUUUAAAGUAGUUGGGGUUUUUUAUGCACAUAAAGUAAGACUUAGCUGGGUAGGAACUCCUGACUGAUAGGUUUUCAACACCCUGACCAUAGGCUCAGAUAACAUAUGCAUGUAAUCUUUCAUUUCCUCUAUUUCCAGUGUUCAGGCUGUGGGUGCCGCUGUUUAUGUAACAAAAAAAAAGCCACACACUCACAGGAGAUAAGUUUUAGCAGUUUUGGAAAUAACCUGAGGCUUACAGAUGAACAAGAUAUUGUUGAGGGAACCCCAAAAACAGCCCAGUGAGGACUAAGUUUGAUCAGGGGCCAAAGAAUGCUGAUUGGUCAGCUUCCACCUUGGACACACAAAAAAGCAAAGGUAUUUUUUACCUGUUUUGACUUUCAUUUCCCCAUCUUGUAGUAGCAGUUAUUAUGAUGGUGGUGGCUGGGACCUUGAUAAUUGCAGCCCAGAUUCUGUUUCUUAGCUUUACCUGCAGAUUACUUUAGGAUCUGGUUAGCCCAAGUCCCAACAUUCUACCUGAGUUAGGCUGAAAUGUUUUUGGAAGCCAAAAGGUUGGUUCAGAUGGAAAAUAGAGACCCCAAUUAUGUCUCUGUUUUCCAUCCGAACCAGCUUUUUGGCUUCCAGCUCACAUAACACAACAGGAUCUGAUUAGCUGCUAUUAUCCACCAUCAAGCCUCACUUUCUACUCCCACCUCACAUAAUCUAGCACAGGGAUGGGGAGUGGUCCUCUAGAGGUUGUCAGGCAUUUCUUGCCAGCCCCACUGUGAAUAGUCGUCAGUCCAGCAACAUUCAGACUGCCUAAAGUUCCUCAUCCCUAAUCCACCUGUUUUUUACCUUACAACCUUUAAACUAUGUGUAUCAAAUGCAACAGAAAUUGUGGAAGUAAAAUGGAGUUCCUGAAUUAUUUUAUGAAACCUUUAAUCACUAGAAUGGUUGUUCCUUUUUUCUAUAGCUAUUAACUAUUGACAUCACAAUAGUGAGGGGGUAAAUCCUCACUUGCAAGGAGUCUGAAGCAAGAUUUCCUGUGCAAGUACAGAGGGUACAGCUUCCUAUCUCUUUCUCCCCCACAAUUACUGUCCCUGUGCAUGAGCCUCCAUAUUCAGGCCUUGGGAUAUGCCAAAGCAAAAUUUCUGAUCUUAGAAGUUUGGUAUAGUUAAUGCAGCUUGAUCAGCCCUUUUACUUCAUUCUGUUGAACAGUACUCUAAAAUGGCUGAAAGCAUUAGACAAAGGAUCCUGUUAGCAAAGCUGCCCCAUUUUAAUGUGAAGUGGGUGCUCUGUUUAUUCAAGAUUAGCUGGUCACCUGGCACUCUGUUCGUUUAAUUUAUCUUGUUCCCACAGCUGUUCUGAUCAUUACUGCUUUAAUAAUCACAACAGCUAGUGAAGAGGAUCAGAACUUAAAUUACUUUGUUUGUGCCCAAUUCUUGCUAUGCUUGUAAAAAUAUUACUUCAUCACAGGCAUGCCAACUGCUCCUUGGGGGGACAUAUUUAUUUAUGGGGGGCUAGGCCCCCUCAAUGUUUGCCAGACACCAUGCAUGAUGUCAUGAAAUCUUGUGUGACACCCAGACAUUGGAUGCAAUGCCCAGACACAAUGCCUUCACACACAACAUCCAGGCAUUGCGCAGUGGCAGCUCAGCUCCUCCUCCUGCCGCACAGGAGAAGCAGCCCCCAGCCCAUGGCAGGGGCAGGACGAGGAAGAGGAGGAGCUGCUGACAAUAGAAGCUGAGCUGUAACACACAACAGCAUCAUAGCUGACGUCCAGGCAUUGCAUGGUCACACUAGGUUGGAGGAGCCAGGAACAUGGGGCAGCUCAGCUCCUCCUCCUGCCACGGAAGGGAAGCAGCCCCCAACCCAAGGUGGUGGCAGGAGGAAGAGGAGAGGGAGGAGCCACAUGCCAUGGAAGCCAAGCUGUUGUGCAACGGCUGGGCAUCGCAUGUGACAGCAUCGCGUCUGACGUCCGGUGCUGUGCACAUCACAGCGUCACACGUGAUGCCCAGGUGUUAUGUUGUGCAUGUGCAACCAGGCCCCCAUCUCAUUCCUGAGUCAGCACCUCUGCUUCAUCAUCAGUUUAUUAUUUUUAACAGAUCAGCAAUAAGACCAAAAAUAAAAGCGUACAGUACACCAUAGCCUUAAGGGCGGAGCAAAAUGCAAUGCAAAACAUAAUUUAAAUGGU